AUGUUGCUUCGCAACCUAUGGCGUGCCGCCCUGGCUGCGACAGCAGACGACAAGGAUGAGGGCGGCCAAUCCACCUUUGUCUCUCCAGACGGCAAUGUCGCCUUUGCCAUCGACAUUGGCGAGAACGUCGACACCGAAGUCUACUGGAGUCUUCGCGUCAAGAAAGACCUGUCAUGGGGCGCCGUAGGCCUUGGAAGCCCGGACAUGCCGGGAGCUCUCUACCUUAUCAUCUACAAACACCCCGACGGCUCGAGCGUCACCUUUUCGCCCCGUACCGCCUACGGACAUUACGAGCCCAAGUACUAUGAAGACAUGAAGUACGAUAUCCUCGAAUCCAAGUCGGGUAUCAAGGGCGACUAUAUGUACAUGACAGUUCGGUGUAUGGAGCGCUGCCGCAGCUGGCCAGGCGAGGACUCGGGCAGAGGAGUGCUGGAUGUAUACAACACCAACAAGGCCAUCUACGCCUACGGGCCCAAGGAGGACUACCACAGCAAAGAGCAGGAUGCGCCGCUCAAGUACCACAAGGGCUAUGGCGUAUUUCAGAUUGACGUGGGGAGGACGCACGGCAAGUCUGAGCUGCCGUCCAUCAACGACUCCACCACCAACGUCGGCUCCAAGCUCCUAUCCGAGGACGGGUUCAAGCCGAAGCCGAACUGGAUGUCGCCGGUCCACGGCGUCUUUAUGGUCCUAUCCAUUGUCCUCCUCAUGCCUGUUGGUGUGGUCUUGCUCAGAUCGGGAGGCGGCGUCAAGUGGCAUGCUCUGAACCAGGUCAUUGCCACAGUUGGCGUGCUUGCUGGCUUUGGAAUUGGAGUCGCCAACAGUUUCUACUAUCAACGAUCACGCAGCUUCAACGAUCCUCACCAAGUCAUUGGGUUCAUGGUUACUGGCUUACUCCUGGGACAAUUUGGCCUGGGAGUCAUGCACCACACUCAGUUUAAGAAGACCAAGGCACCUACAAAAUACGGCAGGGUUCAUCUCUGGGUUGGUCGUAUCAUUCUCUUCCUGGGCACCCUCAAUGCCUUCAUGGGCUUCACCUUGGCUCUUAACCGGAAAUGGGGCAUGCUCCUGGCUAUCCUCAUCAUCUUUAUCUGCCUCACCAGCCUCAUUCUCAUCUACGGCCGCCGAUUUAUCGAAAAGCGACGCCGAGGUCCCCGAGGUCCUGGGCUUGCAGGUCCCCACGGCUACAGCGCCGAGCCCUGGAGACAACAGCCUCCCCAACACAUGGGCUACCCUUCGGAGCCUCCUCCCGGCUAUGAGCCCCCUUCGAACCAGCCAAUUGGGCUUGCUCCUUUGUCGCCUGCUACGCCGUCGCCGUGGAGGUCAGAGGCAAAGGAUGACGAGUCGGAUCUGAACAUUGGUCGCGAGCAACGGCCGAGGGAAUUUACUUGA